CAGUCUGUCGCAUAACAUGAUGUCGAAAUGCCCAUACCCCUCCCCUGUACCUGACCCCUGUCACCUUAUGAUUCUGCCGCCACCUGCCUCACCGCCCUCACGCGCGUCUCUUGGGCUACUUGGUGACUGACGCAGACGGAAGCUCCACGUAUUUGUUCCUUCCGCCGUCAUCAACCUGCGCAACGAUUUUACAUUUCACCACGACGACAACGGAUAACGAUUGCGAUUGCGAUUAAAGCCUUUAAAGGAAAGGGAGAUUGAAAAGUGGGAGGAAGGGGGAUAAAUAGGAAGGAAAGGAACGAAGGGACGAUAGAAAGGAAGGGAGAGCAGAAGCUAUGGAGACGUCUACACAACCUGGGCAGCUUAGCUGGCGCCUGAGCGCGCAUCCGAUUACGUUGUUGUGGUUUUUGGGGUUUAGGAUAUCCAGCCUCCUAGUCUACCUCUUCGGUCUCCUCUUCACCUCGAACUUCGUCCUAAUCUUUAUCAUCACCAUCCUCCUCCUGGCCGCGGACUUCUACUUCCUCAAGAACAUCGCCGGGCGACGCCUCGUCGGCCUAAGAUGGUGGAACGAAGUCGAUGUGUCGACGGGGGACUCGCAGUGGGUUUUUGAGAGCGCGGAUCCGGCGACCAAGGUGGUGAAUGCGACGGAUAGUAGGUUCUUUUGGUUGGCGAUGUAUGCGCAGCCGUGUUUGUGGGUGGCACUUGCGGUGUUGGCGGUGGUGAGGUUUGAGUUUAUUUGGUUGACGCUUGUUGUCAUCGCGCUCGUCCUUACAAUCACGAAUACCCUCGCCUUCUCACGCUGCGACAAGUUCAGCCACGCCUCGAAUCUGGCGGGGAGCGCGCUCUACUCGGGUGGAUUGGCGAGGAAUCUUGCUGGUGGGAUGGUGAGCAGGUUUUUGGGGGGGAGGUCGUGAGCGAGUGGUGGUUUGAAGGUUGGGAUUCGGGGGUGAGGGGGGUAGGGAUAAGGGGUGGGAUAAGGGGUGGGAUA